CCCAUCAUUUCAUUCUUCUCCUUCUUCUCAUAUUCUCUCUAACUCCAAUCUAACCCUAACCUAAUUCAAUUUUCCCCCCAAAUUCCCCCAAAGCCUCAAUCCAUGGAAGCUGCCGUCUGCUUCUCCCCUUCCUCCACCUCCUCCUCCUCCUCGGAGCCCCCCAACAAGCGCAAGCUCGCCGCCGAGAAGCCCUACCGUGGAAUCCGGAUGCGCAAGUGGGGGAAAUGGGUCGCCGAAAUCAGAGAGCCCAACAAGCGCUCCCGAAUCUGGCUCGGUUCCUACUCCACCCCAAUCGCCGCCGCCCGCGCCUACGACACCGCCGUCUUCCACCUCCGCGGCCCCUCCGGCCGCCUCAACUUCCCCGAAUCCGUCCCCGACUACGCCGCCGACCUCCAGAAGGACCUCUCCGCCGCCGCCAUCAGGAAAAAAGCCACCGAGGUCGGCGCAAGAUUCGACGCCAUGAUUGCCGCCGGCCGCGCCCCCGCCGCCCCGAUCAAAUCGGGCCGGGCCGACCAGAAGCCCGAUUUGAAUGAGUAUCCGAGUCCUGAGUCUUCGGAGGAGAAUUGAGUUUGUUUUUUUUGGUGGGGGAUUUUUAUUUUAUUUUUAGUUGGAUUUAAAAUUUAAAAAAAGGAGAUGUAUAUCUAUAAGGGGAAAUUGGAUUAUAGAGAAAAAAUCUUGCUUUUGUUUAAAAUUUAGUUUGGUGAUUGGAGAUUAAAUUGUAUAAUUCUUAGUUGGAUUAGCAAUGGGAAUUGAUUUUGUCGUUUUCUCUCUUUGGAAAAA